AUGUACGAGCAUGGGUUCUACUGUGGUCGAACGCUGCUAACUCGCUUCAUCGCAUAUCGGUAUGUUGACCAUCAGCUCCUUCACACGUCAUCUCUAUGUACUACCAUCUAUCAUGGCUCUAAAUUGUAUCCGAUCUCCGAAGAUUAUAUCCGAACAAUCGCCGAGACUUUUUGCAACCUGAGAGAGAAAAAAGUCCUUCACAACACGCAUUUGCCAGGACGCCAGCGCACCCAUGAUGCUAGUAUGCUAGCACCGACCCGUGUUCUCCGCGCAUCAUGGUCGUCCACGCUCCGACUGCCCAAAUCGAGCUUCCCCGCCCGCCCCCAGGCUGCCACGGCAGGUGAAUAUCUACGACGCUGUACCGACCAACACUACGCCUGGCAGCGUAGUGGCGAGCGCGAUACACAACUCGAGCAAUUUACACUUCACGAUGGACCACCAUAUGCGAAUGGGCCGCUGCACAUUGGCCACGCAUUGAACAAGAUCACCAAGGACAUCAUCUGUCGGUUCGAGGUGGGCCGGGGAAAAAAGGUGUCGUAUAUACCCGGGUGGGACUGUCAUGGUCUCCCCAUUGAGAUCAAGGCGCUUCAGGCGCAGAAGAAGGAUGCGUCGGAAAUAAGCCCUGUAAGCGUGCGGGAAGCGGCGCGCAAAUUGGCGACCAGAACGAUCGAGCAGCAAAAAGAGGGGUUCAAGGAAUGGGCUGUCAUGGGUGAUUGGGACAAUGCCUACAAGACCAUGGAGCGUGGGUUCGAGAUCAGGCAGCUCGAGGUGUUCAAGACCAUGUUCGAGAAGGGCUUGAUAUAUAGGCAGUUUAAGCCAGUGUAUUGGAGUCCGAGUUCGAGGACUGCUCUUGCGGAGGCAGAGCUAGAAUAUGAUGAGGGACACAAGAGCAUGGCGGCCUAUGUGCGAUACCCCGUACAGGUGAAUCAGGACAAAAAGGUAUUGGGAGAGCUAGGGGGAAAGGAGGUCAAUCUAGUCAUAUGGACCACUACACCAUGGACUCUGCCCGCAAACAAGGCCAUUGCAGUGCACGCAGACAUGAUGUACACUAUUGUACGAGACACAGGCAAAGGCGGCGAAUUGUCUAUUCUUGCGACUUCACGGAUAGUCGACUAUGAGAAGGUCCUGGGUCGGGAGUUGGAAAGAAUGUCGGCCGAGAUCCCUGGAUCAGCGCUUGCUGCCAAUCUCCAGUACGAGAAUCCUUUCCAAAAAGCUAAUGGACUUCAACCUGUUAUCCAUGCGGAUUUCGUCACAGACUCUUCGGGUACCGGCCUUGUACAUAUUGCCCCUGGGCAUGGUAUGGAAGACUAUCAAGUUUGCAACACUCUUAAUAUCCCUGCUUUUGCGCCUGUCGAUGAUGCUGGCGCUUUUACAAAAGAGGCUUUCCCAGCCCAGCCUGAACUCCUCGAAUGCUUGUUGGUUGCCGACACUAAGAAUUCUGGAAGCAACGCGGUGUGCAACUACCUUGAGAAGCAAGACCUUCUUCGCGGUCGACAGACAUAUCGACACAAGUACCCCAUUGACUGGAGGACAAAGGAGCCAGUCAUUACUAGAGCCACGGCACAGUGGUUUGCCAAUGUCGAGAGCAUCAAGGAAGCAUCCCUCAAGGCGAUUAGAGACGUCAAGUUCCUCCCAGAAACUGGCCGAAGUCGCCUAGAAAGUUUUAUCCAAGGACGAAGCCAAUGGUGCAUUUCAAGGCAACGCGCGUGGGGCGUACCCAUACCUGCUCUUUAUAAGCUAGUGGAUGGUAACUUGGAGGCCGUUAUGGACUCUGAGACUAUUGCACACAUCAUCAACGUCAUUGAAGAGCGUGGUAUAAACGCUUGGUGGACUGAUGCUCCUGAAGAGACGGCCUGGAUACCUGCGCACCUAAGUGGCAGCUAUGUUCGAGGUAAAGAUACCAUGGACGUUUGGUUCGAUAGCGGCACGAGCUGGACUCUGCUUCCAGAGCAGGAAGAGCAGCCGGUUGCCGAUGUCUAUCUUGAAGGCACCGAUCAACACCGCGGCUGGUUCCAGUCCUCACUACUCACCCACAUCGCUACCCAAGCCUACGAGACCGAGACGGUCAAACCACCAUACAAGACACUGAUUACGCACGGCUUCACGCUGGACUCGGAUGGCCGCAAGAUGAGCAAGUCGAUAGGCAACACCAUCUCCCCGGCUCAGAUCAUGACGGGUGAACUCCUCCCGCCCCUCAAGAAAAAGAAGCAGAAGACCAAGAAUGCAAACAUAAAGGUGCAAUCGGAAGCUCCUCCCACAUACGACAGCAUGGGGGCUGAUGCACUCCGCCUCUGGGUGGCGAGCAGCGACUACACUCGCGACGUUGUCAUCGGCCAACCCGUGCUCAUGUCUGUGAAUCAAGCUCUCCACAAAUAUCGUGUGACUUUCAAGUGGCUCCUUGGCAUAUUCUCCUUGCCGUCUUGCCCACCGACCUUUAGAUCCUUCAACGACCUUGUCCCCCAGCCCCCAGGCCCGCACGACUUUAGCGAACUCGCGGAUAGACUGGCCAUGCACCGUCUAGUUGAAGUCAGCAACGAAGUCCACAACCACUUUGCAGGCUACGAGUUCUUCCGCGGCGUGGGCGUCAUCAAUAAGUACAUUUCCACCGACCUCUCCGCCUUCUACUUCGAGACGCUCAAGGACAGGGUGUACACGGGCGACAAGGCCGAUUGCGAGACCCUCCAACGCGCACUCGGCCUCAUCUUCUACGAGCUACUAAAGAUGCUCGCACCCAUCUGUCCGCUCCUCGUCGAAGAAGUCUGGGACCACGUCCCCGCUGCCCUGAGGCAGUCGAGCACCCAUCCCGCGCGUGCCCUCUGGCGCGCCCUCGAACCCCGUGCCGAACCCAAGACGGCGCUGGAUUCCCUGCGCACACAGGUCCUCGCCGAGCUCGAUGCAGCCAUCAAGACGUCGCAGGAGCGACUCCGCGCGCACAAGAAGAUUGGUUCGAGCCUUGAGUCGGCAGUCACCGUCUUCAUGUCCGACGCACAGGCGGAUUCCCUAACCACGUGGUUCGAGGCCUGCAUGUCCUGCGGGCCAGAAGAUGUACCUGCUACACAACAACAACAGCAGCAGCAGCAGCUACUUCACACCCAACUCGCCAGCAUCUUUGUCGUGAGCGAGGUGGACAUCAAGCGCGCAGACGCUGGGGCUGCGGAACAGGCGGUGCAACAGAUGAGGAGCGAGAUGGCGUGGUGUGAGGAGGCGGUUGUGCAGCAUCACGGGCUCGCGGGCGCGAGGGUGGUGGUGCAUCCGCCGCGUAGGGAAAAGUGUCCGCGCUGUUGGCGGUUUGUGCGCGAGGAGGCGGAUGUGGUGUGUCGUCGAUGUGAGGAUGUGGUUGUGAGCGAGGGUGGGGAUGGGGGGGUUGGUGUUGGGCAAUAUGUGUAG